UACAAAAAAAUUAUUAAUUAAACAGGAAAAUUAAAUAAAUCAACAAGCAACAACAGAUACAAAAAAUGUCUGCAGUCAGCAGUCGCAAUCAGAAAAUGGAACAACAGCGUCUGCUAAUGGAAGCGUAUAUACGACAAAAGCGCGCCUCGCCGGGCAUGGUGCAGGCAAGUGACUUACAAAUAACCCGUCCCAUGUCGGGGCUGCGCACAUCAACGGCCACUGGCCGCGAGCUGCAUGCCUACGAUGGUCCAAUGCAAUUCAUCAGUUCGCCACACAAUCCCGAUCAAUUAUUAAGUAACACCACCGGCGUCACAGCUACGAAUACGAACGCGACCACCGUCAACGCCAGCCACAAUGCGACCAGCACGAAUGGUCGUCAGCAUGGUGUCAGCUUUACGAACAAUAUGCGCCCGCGGACAGCCCAGAUGACAGGACAUAUCAUCAAUCAGGAUGAUUUAAUCGAAGAGAUUUCCUCACACGAACUCGAAGAUGACGAAAGCAGUCCCGUCAAUCAUGUGAGCAGCAAUGGGCAACGGCAAAAGCAACGCCAACAACAACAAUUACAACAACAUCAACAACGUUCAUAUAGCCACGAUCAGGAUAGCAGCACAUUGGACGAAGAUGAUUAUGUGAAUCGGAAUAUCGAGGAAGCGGCACCCGUCAUGCCAUUGAAUCACAGCAUCGCCAAUAGCAUCGCAUCACAAACCAACACCACCACCAAUUCGGCCGUCGGUGUACGCAGCACUUCGGCGCACUCGACCGGCGCCGGUUCGGCUAAUAACACUGCCAACUAUUCGAACAGUGCGCAGCAAACGAAUUCGUCAGCGGACGCCAGUGGCGAACCGGAGGGUGAUCUGGUCGGCAACAUCGAACAGUUCGUCAUGCAGCCAGCGUCACAGGGUGUGCUUUUCAAGUGUCGCAUAACGCGUGAUCGCAAAGGCAUGGAUCGUGGCCUAUUUCCGAUCUAUUAUUUGCACUUGGAGCGCGAUUAUGGCAAGAAAAUAUUUCUCUUGGGCGGACGCAAGCGAAAGAAGAGCAAAACAUCCAAUUAUAUUAUCAGCUGUGAUCCUACGGACUUGUCACGUAACGCCGAGGGUUUUUGUGGAAAAUUGCGUUCGAAUGUGUUCGGCACCUCCUUUACCGUGUUCGAUAAUGGCAACAAAGAUAGCACGGAAAAUCCCCGACUCGAUUUGGCGGUGAUCAUCUAUGACACCAAUAUUCUCGGUUUCAAAGGUCCACGCAAUAUGACCGUGAUACUGCCCGGCAUGACGGAGGAGGAUCAACGCGUGAAAAUCAGCUCGGCCGAUCCCAAACAACAGGGUAUACUAGACUUAUGGAAAGUUAAGAACAUGGACACCAUCGUUGAGCUGCACAACAAGACACCCGUAUGGAAUGAUGAGACACAAUCGUAUGUUUUAAAUUUUCACGGGCGCGUCACACAAGCAUCGGUUAAGAAUUUCCAACUCGUACACGAUUCGGAUCCCGAUUAUAUAGUCAUGCAGUUCGGGCGCACCUCCGAAGACGUCUUCACCAUGGACUAUCGCUAUCCGCUGUGCGCGCUGCAAGCGUUCGCCAUAGCGUUGAGCAGUUUUGAUGGCAAAAUCGCGUGCGAGUAGAAAAGCGUGAGAGGCUGAGCAUACGACAGUGGAGUGACAAUUUUGCGCAGGCGUGUGCAAAGACAAAAUUAUGCUCAAAUUUAUAAGCGUUCAGCAAUAACUAUAGUAUUUUAUGUAAAUGUAAAUGUAAAAUCAAAAACUAAGCACAAAAGAGUACGGUCAAAAUCAAAAAAGUGCAUGAACUCAAAAACAAACGGUUGCCUUAGUUGAGAGCGUUCGCAAGGCGCGCUAGAAUAACACCCACAAUUGUAUGUAUUUAUGUGGUGGGUCUGUACAUCAUGCACCGACUUGAUUAACACUAAUAUUUUUUUUUUAUAAAGCAAUUAAGAGUACAAGUGAGAGAAAAACAUAUACACACCAACAAACAUUUAUAUAUAUGUAGGUGGCAUAUAAAAAAUUCGAAAAGCAUCAAAAAUACAUUAAAAACUCUCUGGCAGACUAACGGACACAAUUUUUUUUAGUUCCGAAAUUGAGUUUGAAGAAGUAAAAUUUUCAAAAAUCAUUUUUCGUAUCACUAUUAUUAAAGCAUAUUUAAGUUUGCCUUAGUAUUUCUACACUAAAUACUCAGCGAACACGCCAUACAACAAUUUUCAAGGCUACUAACUUAUAUAUUGGUUAGUCGAAAAAGUCUUUUCGUAUUUUGUGAAUAGAUGUCGUUGCAGUCGUAUAACUUAUACUUAGCGAUGGAAAGGUGAGAUCUUAAGCUUCAUUUAACAGAAACAAAAAAAUGUAAUUCGGAAAAUUCGGUUGAAAACAAAUUGUUCAAAAAUUAGUAAAAAUAAUGCAGAAAUUCGCUAUAUUUUGAAAUUUUUGUAUAAAAAAUAGAAGAAUACCACGCAAGCCAACAGCAUUGCGAAGUUUACGUAGGCGAUGCUGUAUCAGUUCGUGUAGCACAAUAAUGUUUCACUCGAUUCCGUUGUGGAAAUUACGAUGUGAUAAAGCCUCGCUCUGGUCGACCUAUCGUUGAAAAAGUCGAUGAAAUUAUGGAAAAUAUUUUCCAGAACUAUCACAUAAGCAGCUAUGACAUCGCUAAGGAACUUAACAUUUAUCAUCAAAAGAGUUUUAACCAUUUAAAAAGUGCUGGCUACAAAAAGAAGCUCGAUGUUUGAGUACCAAAUGAAUUAUCUGUGAAAAAUUUAAUGAAUCGAAUUAAG